AUGCCCAAGAUGUCCCGGUACCCAUUUUUUUUGGCGGUGCGGCUUCUUUUUGUGCUGUUGAUAUGCUUUGGCAAUACGGCUGUGCACGCUGAGGAGGGAAAUACACCAAAGGAGGUGCAAAUACCAAAUGUUAUCGAUAUUUUUGUGCCUAAUCGAACGAUUGUGGAAACACAAGGUGAAAGCCAAAUGAGGGAUUCCUUUGCUUUCCCUUCCCUCGUCAGUGCUGGCGGAGUUUUGGUUGCGCUUGCCAGGGGUCACAGAAGCUUUAAAUACUCCACGGGGGAUCGUAUUUCGGUGGAUUAUGCUGAUGUUGUAGCGGGGUACAUUGACUCUACGGAGAGCUGGUCGUCUUUUGUUGAUGAGGUCAAUGCAAACAGAUGGAAAUCACACAAUAUUUUUCCCAUGUCUGUUCAAGUUGAGCAUAAGCCGCAUGUGAGGUGCGUGUUAAAACCCACAACGGUUGCAAAGGGCAGCAAAGUGUUUCUACUUGUGGGAGGCCAUUAUUUGAAAUAUGAUCCUUCAUCGAAGAGUUGGAUUGUGCUUUUACAGGGUCUUGAUUUGCUCGUGGGUGAGGCCACACAAGAUAAACUCAUCCAAUGGGGCAAACCCACCUCACUUUUAUCACAGAUCGAACCAUCUGCUGAACAACGUGGCCUGGAUCGGUUUGCAGGUGGUGGUGGCUCAGGCGUUGUGAUGGAGGAUGGCACGCUUGUGUUUCCUGUGACGGCGAGGGAUGCAUUAGCCGACACUGUCUCCAUGAUCAUUUAUUCGAAGGACGACGGCAAAAAUUGGUUGCUUCCACAGGGGAUGCUCCCCGCGGGGUGCAUUGCCCCCCUCAUCGUCGAGUGGGAGCAGGGGCAGCUUCUCAUGGUUGCCCAAUGCAAGUUUGGCCCCAAUGUGUUUGAAUCGAGGGACAUGGGGGAAACGUGGACGGAGGCUGGCUGGACACUUACGGGCGUGCAGCCCAGGUUUUCAUCAGACUUCUUGCAACUGGAUUGGAGUGUCACAUCCUUCACCACUGCGACCAUUGCUGGAAAGAAGGUCAUGCUGUACACUCAGGAAGAGGUUCCCCCUGGGGAGAGGGUGGCAAAGGCGCUGUACCUUUGGGUGGCUGACAACAACCGCACGUUUCACGUCGGGCCCAUUUCCGUGGACACUGCAGAGAAGUGGACGUCUGCCAACACCCUGCUGCACUCGAAAGAUGCGUUGCAUCUUUUACAAGAGAGGGUCAGUACAACGACCACAGGUCUGUUUCUUGCUCCCCUAACGAAGGAGCUGAAGACGAUUACGUCCGUCUUGGAGACUUGGGCAAAACUGGACUCCUUCCUCUCCAACUCGUCUGUGCCCACGGCCGGUCUGGUUGGAUUCUUGUCGGAUGCAUCGUGUGAUGGGAAUUGGAACGACGCGUACCGUUGCGUGAAUGCAACUGUGAGGAAUGCAAAGAAGGUCGAAGAUGGCUUUAAUUUCACGGGGUCCGAAUCAUACGCCAUGUGGCCUGUGAACAUGCGGACGCAUCACUAUGUGCACAGCUUUGUGAAUUACGCGUUUACGCUUGUGGCGACGGUGACGAUCGAUGAGAUUCCGAACGAGGGCGUUCCUCUGCUGGGCGCGGGCCUGGAGGACAAGGGAAACAGGAAGUUUGUGGCGCUGUCGUACACCACAGAUAAGCGGUGGGUAACGGUCUUCGACGGUAUCACGAAAACAAUACGCAACAGCACUUGGGAGCCGGGGAAGGAGUACAAAGUGGCGCUCAUGCUGCAGGGCAACGAGGGCUCCGUGUACGUGGACGGCGUGCUUGUGGGGAGUUCUGACACACUACCAAUCCUUAAGUCACGGAGGCAUGAUAUCACUCACUUUUACUUUGGUGGCGGCAAAGACGGCAAAGACGGCAGUGCGAGAGUGAGGAAUGUUUUUUUGUACAACUACCCACUGAGUGAGCAGGAACUGAAGAAGGUUGACGACUCCAGUACAUCUGAGGAGCGUGCAGGUGACAACUCCGAUGCAUCCGAACAACUUGCAGGUGACACAUCCACGCGUGCGGAUGUGUCUCGGCUGCUUCUGCUGCUAUUGGGACUAUGUGGUUUUGCGGUCCUAUGCUGA